AUCACUGCCGAGGAGUCGGAGGAUGACCCACCGUCCAGAGAGGAGCGAGCGGAUGCCCGGCUCAGCAAGCAGGCUGCAGCAGGAGGGAAGAACGAAGGGGCUGUAACUGAAGAGACUGAAGGCAAUGGGCAGAGAGAUGAGGAGGAAGCAGAGCAGCCGGACCCAACGCCUCUGUUGAGUAACAAGCCACGAAAGAAAAAAAAGAAAAGGAAAACCAAGAAAACUUCAGUAGGGGAGACUCUGGAAGACAACGACCUGGAAGACAUCGACAGCCUGCUGGAGAAGAUUGAGGAUACCAAUGGGCUGUCACAGCAGACCCAGAGCGGAAUAAUCACUGACAACAGGCCUCUGCUCUACGUAGAGCACAGAAACUUGAAUCCAGAGAACGAGUUGAAAAGAUACUUCGGGGCUCGUGCUGUUCUUGGUGAUCAGAGGCCGAGGCAAAGGCAGCGCCAGAAUGUCCGCGGCACGUGGCUGACGACUCCGAAGGACACCUGGCCGCGCUACAGCAAGACAGGUAUUGCCAUGCAGCUGGUGGAAACCCGGAGGGGAGUGCAGUACUUCACGUUCAAGCACCAUCGCGAGUACCAGCAAGUGCAGUUCAAGUUCUUGGACGCUGUAGAGUCCAUGGACCCCAACAACAUUGUGCCGCUGCUCGAGGCACUGGAGCCGUACCACGUGGACUCCCUCCUGCAGCUCAGCGACGUGUGCCGGAUGCAGGAGAACCAGGAGAUGGCCCGUGACCUCGUAGAGCAGGCGCUGUACAGUCUGGAGUGCUCCUUCCACCCCGUCUUCAGUCUCACCAGUGGGACCUGCAGGCUGGACUACCGGCGGCCGGAGAACAGGGCGUUCUUCCUGGCUCUCUUCAAGCACCUGAUGUUCCUGGAGAAGAGAGGCUGUCCCCGGACAGCCCUGGAGUUCUGCAAGCUGAUUCUGAGCCUCGAUCCAGAGAACGACCCGCUGUGUGUGCUGCUGCUGAUCGAUUUUCUGUCCCUCCGAGCUAGAGAAUACACCUUCCUGACCCGCAUGUUCCAGGAGUGGGAGAGUCACCGGAAUUUGUCCCAGCUGCCCAAUUUUGCCUUCUCGGUGCCGCUGGCCUAUUUCUUCCUGAGCCAGCAGGAGGAGCGCUCGGAGCUGGAGCUAAGCCAAGCCCGGGAGAAAGCCGCCCGGCUCAUCCAGCUCGCGUUGAUCAUGUUCCCAAGCGUUCUUAUGCCGCUGUUGGAUCACUGCAGUGUGCAGCCCGAUGCCAGGGUGGCGUCCCAUUCCUUUUUUGGGCUGAAUGCUCGGAUAAGCCAGCCCCCUGCCUUGAACCAGCUGACGUCCCUCUACGUGGGAAGGACUCACUCCCUGUGGAAGGACCCAGCCGUCAUGGCGUGGCUGGAGACCAACGUCCACGAGGUGUUGGCCGUGGUGGAUGCCCGGGACCCGCUGGUGGAGGAGUGUGAGCACAA